GCGGGGCUUUCAGUACUCCUGUGACACGUCUCGCGCUGAGGCACGCCGACAUUUUUCACCUUUACCGCGGGACUCGUAACUUCCGAAAGUAUCAUAAGUUCGAACUCGAUCAAUGACAUCGAUUUUUCACCUCUAAAAAGGGCCUAUCGGUAACGGCUGAAAUUUGUUUCUACUGAGGUGUUUUCAAGAGGAGUAAAGUGGGGUUGAUAAGCGGUCUGGGCAAGGAUGGAGGCAACGGCGAAUGUACCGAGGUGAUGAAGCUCCAACUGAUGGCAACAGUGACGUCACCAAAGUCUUCCUUCUGCAAAAUCAGCCUCUGCCCGAAACAAAAGCCUCUAAAAGUCAUGGUCCUCGGACAGUCUGGUGUUGGCAAAUCAGCACUGGUGGUUAGGUUCAUAACAAAACGAUUCAUUGGAGAGUAUGACCCCACGCUGGAGAAAACCUAUUCCUACUCAACAGUCAUUGACAACGAGAUGGUAUAUUUUGAAAUUUUGGACACAGCUGGUCAGCCGCACGAGGCAGAAUGUCUGACUUUAGAGCCGAACAUCCGGUGGGCAGAGGCAUUUAUCUUGAUGUAUUCCGUAACCGACAAGUGCUCAUUUGAUGAAUGUAAUAGGUUGAAAUUUCUCAUUAACUACAACAAACGGAGACGUCGGUUGGUUACAAAUUCAACAAAAGAGGCUCUGUCAGAGGUCCCAGUUGUUCUAGUAGGCAACAAGGCUGACCAAUCAGGAGACAGGAUGGUCAGUCUGGAAGAUGGUCAGCGGCGGAGCCGUGAAAUAGGAUGUGUGUGUUUCCAUGAAAUUUCCGUCAGGGAAAGUAUAGAGCAGGUAUGGUGUGUCUUUAGAGAUGUUUGUCAGUUUUGGCGAGUGCACACAAAAUUUCCUAAAAUCAAACGGUCAUCAAGUGAGAUGAAUAGCCCGGAAUUGCCCUUGACGCCACAUCAAGCUAGCACUCCAAAUGGACGUCCCUUCAUAUCCGUUAUUUUUGGACGAAGAUGGACAGAGGUGGAGUUGGACGAGGAGGAGGAGGAGAAAGGAGUUGUAGCAAAAAAUGGAGAGAAAGAAACAGAGUCAGAGCUCCUGGAAUUGCCCUUCAGAGGUCGCGCAUCUACUGACGGGAAUCUGAUCCCACGGCCAAGCAGACUACGCCACCCACCACUUAUUGCGCAAACACCCACGAUACUCACCCGACACAAUGAUCGCCGGAUGAGUAUUUCCAUGAGGGGAAAUAAUGCUAGUUACUGAGAGGGACAAAUCAAAGUGAUAAGGAAACUGCCAAAACUAAUCUUUCCGAGACCAGAGUCUGAUGAUAAAGUUUUAGCACCAGGGCUUGAUAUGAUCUUGCCUCCAAGUGUUGACAAACCUGAGCUCUAUUCCAUUCGAUAACUUUUCAAGAUUUUUUUUUUUUUUUUUUUUUUUUUUUUUUUUAAUGGAGCUAGUACUUACCUAAGAAAGGAAUUUCCAGUACCGCCAGAUGAGGUACGUCUGUUGAAAGAACUAUUCAAUUAUACCAUUUGGAAUUUUUGCUAAACUUUAGAGUAGAAUAAAUGAUUACGAAUAACAUCAGAGAGUAUAGUAGGUUAAUUUACCUACUUGAAAAAAUUGAUAAAAUGUGAUGUAAUUCCUGUCUCACUUUAAAUAUUUCUCUCGUUGCUGGGUUGACAUGUUCUGCAUGGGCUUAGAAUCUAACAGCAUUAAUCUCGAGGAAGUCCCAGAGGGCAUCCUCAGAAAAAAGAUUGUCGUCCCAGAUUGUUCUACUUGAGUCUGUCACUAUGUAUCUUCCUCAGAUUCUCAACUUCAUUCCCCCACCUCACUGCAGCUCAUAUCAAUGACCUAAGUGCGAAACCACUGCAGUGUUUCAAAAUUUCCGCUAUUUAAUUUUUCUGAAGAGGAACAAGCCAUUCUUGCAGCCUGAAAUUCGUAUAGAAUAUUUUGCUAAUGGGGGGAAAAAACAAGGAAGAUCUCGAGAAAUAACACUAAUUAGUUCUCCAAAGAAAAAUGAAGUGAGACAGGAAGUUUGUUCCGAGGAAAAACGGGAAUACGUGGUUUCGCACAUAGACAUGAUACAGUCAUAUGAUAUGACACACAAUUAGCUCAUCCCAAAUUAAUUUCACAAGAAAAGCAUUGCCUUUGAAGAGUGUUUCCAUACUCAUCUACUACAAUAACUGACCUGUGUGGAUUGGUCUUAUUAACAGACAUGCUUAUGAGAAAAUCAUGUAGUGUGCCCUCCAAACUUGCGUCAGUCGAUAGGGGGUCUUUGAGAUACUGAGUAGCUUCAGAUCAUUUAAAAAUGGGCUAAGGGAAUGAGAUUUUAAUUAAAGUACCGACAGAAAAUCUGAUACAUAUGUCUUUUUCGGCUCUUUAAACAAAGGGUACAUUUACAGCUAUCAAUGCUUUCUGAUUACCUUGCAAAAUGACAUGACUGAAAUUAUUUCUGCAGAAAUUAGAGAAAUUCCAAAAAUUUAAUAACAGGAGUGAUGGAGCUAUUUAAGAUAUUAGUGAACAUGGUAUACCCACUCUGAACGUAUACCCUACUAGUGGCACUACACUGAACUCGUUUCAAACUAUUCCUUUCCGUUGAAACAGAGAAAACUAGGUUGACUUUAGGAGUAACCAGAACUUUAUAAAAGGGUAACAAUGUCAUUUUAUCAUUCAAUAAUGAUGUGUAACCUUUAAAAAGUUGAACGGAAAUCAUAUAUUUUUUAUAAAUAUGUUAGAACAAAAUUUUGUAUGUGCUUGUACAUAAAAUGAAAAUUGGUAAUUUGUCAAAUAAAAACUUUAAGGACUUCAUUUAAAA